GUGCAGCCCGUUAGGCCCCGGGGGCUGUGGACUGACCCGGGCGGUGGCCCCGGAGCUUCGGUUGGGCAUCACAGCGGGACCGGUUCCCGCCGCCAAGUGAGCAGUCGUGGCCCGGGGCGUCGGCCCUGGUCAUCCGCAGAAAACGCGUCGCGGCCCGCGGGCUCUGGCUUCUGUGGACUCUAUGCUUCUCUUGGUUGACCAGUUCUUGAAUUUCUAAACCAUGGCCCAUGGAUCAGUGAUGUUCAGUGACAUAUCCAUAGUCUUCUCUCAGGAAGAGUGGGAAUACCUGGACUUGGAACAGAGAGACUUGUACAGAGAUGUGAUGUUAGAGAACUACAGCAACUUGGUCUCACUGGGAUGCUUCAUUUCUAAACCAGAUGUGAUUUCCUUACUGGAGCAAGGAAAAGAGCCCUGGAAAGUUAUGAGGAAAGGAAGAAGACAAGAUCCAGAUUUAGAGACCAGGUAUGAGACUAAGAAGUUAUCUUCAGAAAAUGAUGUUUGUGAAAUAAAUUUAUCCCAAUGGAAGAUAAUGGAAAGAAUUAAAAGUCACAGCCUUAAGAGUCUCAUUUUAAAAAAUGGCUGGGAGACCAAAAGAAAAUUUGAAGGACAAGAGGGACCUCAAGAGGAAUAUUUCAGUCAAGUGAAAAUUCCAUCUGAAAAAGUGUCCUCCUAUCAGAAACGCACAUCUGUAACUCCACAUAGGAGAAUUCAUUUUGUUGAUAAACCCUAUGAAUGUAAGGAAUGUGGGAAGGCUUUUAGAGUGCGUCAACAACUUACUUUUCAUCACAGAAUUCAUACUGGUGAAAAACCCUAUGAAUGUAAGGAAUGUGGGAUGGCCUUUAGACAGACUGCACACCUUACUCGACAUCAGAGACUUCAUUCUGGUGAAAAACUCUAUGAAUGUAAGGAAUGUGGAGAAGCUUUCAUAUGUGGCCCAGAACUUAGACUACACCACAAAAUUCAUAUUGGUGAGAAGCCCUAUGAGUGUAAAGAAUGUGGGAAGGCCUUUAGAGUACGAGGACAACUUACUCUUCAUCAGAGGAUUCAUACUGGUGAGAAACCCUAUGUAUGUAAAGAAUGUGGGAAGGCCUUUAGACAAUAUGCACAUCUUACUAGACAUCAGAAGCUUAAUAUUGCUGACAAACUGUAUGAAUGUAAAGACUGUGGAAAGGCUUUUUUGUGUAGCUCUGGCCUUAGAGUACAUCACAAACUUCAUACUGGUGAGAAACCCUAUGAAUGUAAGGAAUGUGGGAAGGCUUUUAGGGUACGACAACAACUAACACUUCAUCAGAGAAUUCAUACAGGUGAGAAACCCUAUGAAUGUAAGGAAUGUGGAAAGACCUUUAGUCGUGGUUAUCAUCUUAUUCUCCAUCACAGAAUUCAUACUGGUGAGAAACCUUAUGAAUGUAAGGAAUGCUGGAAGGCCUUUAGUCGUUACUCACAACUUAUUUCACAUCAGAGUAUUCAUAUUGGUGUUAAACCUUAUGAUUGCAAGGAAUGUGGGAAGGCCUUUAGACUACUUUCACAACUUACACAACAUCAAAGUAUUCAUAUUGGUGAGAAACCCUAUAAAUGUAAGGAAUGUGGGAAGGCCUUUAGAUUGCGCCAAAAACUUACCCUACAUCAGAGCAUUCACACUGGCGAAAAACCCUUUGAGUGUAAGGAAUGUAGGAAGGCCUUUAGACUUAAUUCAUCCCUUAUUCAACAUCUGAGAAUUCAUUCAGGUGAGAAACCUUAUGAAUGUAAGGAAUGUAAGAAGGCCUUUAGACAACAUUCACACCUUACCCAUCAUCUGAAAAUUCAUAAUGCAAAAAUGUAAUUCUUUUCAUUCCUGUGUUAUAGAACAUUCUGUGAAUGUAGUAAUUAAUCUGUUUUGUUCUAUACAUGCAACUAACUUGGUAUAAGAGGUUUUAUACCAUUAAAAUAAUGUAUUAAUGUAAUGUAUUCCACAAUCACUCAAACCUGAAACUUGAGCACAUUUUGUUCUAAACACAUUACAUUAUUAAAACACAUGGGGAAGACACUUACCAUCUUUAUCCCAUGAAUUUCCUACUUGUGUCAUAUUGAACAAGAUGUUUAACUGCUCUACAGUAUAAUUUCUUCAUUUGUAAAAUGAUAAUAUACAAGUGUGGUAAAGAUGGCUGCAAAUUCUUUGACACUCUUUCCAUCAAGAGGUGGAAUCUACAUCUCCUCCCUUAAAUAUGGACAGACUCUGUGACUGUUUUGCCCAGUAGGUAGUAGAAGUACUGCUGUGCUGGUUUCUGGACCCAGGCUUUACUGGUAGCAUUAUUUCAUCUCUUGAAAUACUCUCUCAAGCCCUCAACUUUCAUGUUAAAAAGUCUGGCUACUUUGGUGAAGAGACAACGUAGAGAGAGGCAACUUGCUGAACUCAGUCUUCCAGACAUCUACCAAGACACCAGACAUUGAAGUGAAAUAGUUUUGGAUCCUCCAGACCCCAUCAGCCAAAUGACCUUGAAUGACCUCAGCUGAUGCUAUAUAGAAGAAUGACCAGGUGAGCCCCUGCCCAAAUUCCUGACCCACAAAAUAAUGACCUAUAAUAAAAUGGUGGUGGUUUUAAGCCG